AUGCUCCGAUCUAGACCUGCACUCUUCUGUUUAUUACAUUCUGACCGGUUUGGCUUCUGCAAGUUAAACGAACUGGUUUGCUUUGAUGGGAUUUUGCUGUUUGGAGUCGGUGAGACCAGAGUUCCUGAAGCAGAAAGCGACUGGAAGGCUCCAGGGCGCAUGCUGAGCUCGCUGCUGUGUGCAGCAUCUCUUGGCAGAUGCCCACCUGACAAUGGAAGAGAAGCAAGCGAUUUCACAGAUGAACAAAGACGACAAAAAGUUGAAGAAUAUCUAUCAAGCAAAAAGACCUUUUCUGGUGUGCCCAUUCAAGAAAACCAGACAUCGAUCAGUAGCAGAACCAGGAGAGCGACUAGCAAUAGACUGCAAGAAAAAAUACAGCUCUCAAAAGCUCCAAAGCCAGGAAUGGAAAAUAAAGAGAAUGCUAAUAAACUGUCAUGGGACCAAUCAAGCGGAACCUCAGAAAAAAAUGUUAUUUUAAACUCUUCCACAAUCACACUGACAAAUUCCAUAUUGGGGACAAACUAUAAUCCUGAAGAUCAUGUUUCCAAGGUUAAAGUUACUGAAAUAAAAUCUCAGCAUGCGUCCCUUGGCAAGUCCCUCCUGCAAACAAAAAGCAUAAAAGAGAAGCAACUGAUUGCAGAAAAACAAAAUUCAAGUGUCAGCUUACCGAAGAAACUGGUGCUUGGUACAUAUCGUGGCAAAGUUAUCCAAUCCAAGAUAAACUCCUUCCGAAAAGCACCAAAAAGUGAGGGGGGAAAUAGUUCUUUGCCAGGCAAGAAGCAUCUUCCUUCUGCCAUCAAACCAGCAGCAUUCCAGAGCAAACCAUCUGACAAAGCUGCUAUUAACUCACAGUCCAACCCGAAGAAAUGGCAACCAAUAUCUGCUGUAGUGCCAAAGAAAGUAACAGUCCAAAAAAUGGUUGGUGGAAGGGGACCAGAGCCACUGAAGGUUGCUUCUAACAAUUCUGACUGCAGAGCACUAGGAGUGAAGAAAUGUGCAGAUUUUUGUGAUGAUGCAAGACUGGAAGCUCCAGCAAAACCAGUUUCGGUUGUUCCUGGUACAAAGCUGGGACAGGAUUCUAAAACUAAUGGCAACAGAAAAUCUGUUCUGCCAAAAGAGUCAGCAGAAGAGAGAAGAGCUCGCCUGGCUGAAUGGAGGGCAUGUAGAGGAAAAGUGUUGAGGAGACCUCCUAUAUCUGUGCUUCUGGGACCUCAGUCUAAAAGUGAAGAAGAAGAAUUCUCUUCUGGUGAUUCUUUAGAGCAUGUAUUACACAGUGAAAAGGUCAACAAGACUCUCACAGAAUGUCUGCAGUUAAUCAAACAGGGAUGUCAAGGUGAUGAAGUACGUGCCAUGCUGGAAGAUCUGACACAGAGCAUUCCUGGGGCUAAAAAGCUUGCAAAAUAUUGGAUCUGCUGUAUGCGUCUUGAACAGAUGGGCCCUCUUGAAAAUCUUAUUGCAGUCUAUGAGGAGGCCAUUUUGGCAGGAGCAAUGCCUAAAGAUGAACUACGACACACACUAAUAGAUAUUAUGAAAAAUACUGAAAGCCUUUUUAAGUCUGAAGAUGGGGGAACUGUGAUAGAAGCUCAUUUAAGUGAGGUAGUGGAAGUCAGCAAUGAACCAAAUUCACCUGUAGAGCAGGUUCAGAAGGCCUUCAAAGAUCUCUGCUCUGAUGAUGACCAAAAAGCAGAGAGUGAUGACAAGAAGGCAGAGACUAGCAGUGAAGUGAUCAAAAAAGAAGAAAUGGAUUUAGACUGGAAACCAAGGGAAGAGAUCUUGCCAAAAAAGAAUAAAAAGCACAAGACUAAAGAACGUACAAAAAAGAAAGGAAAAUGUGAAGCAGAAGAGCAGAAUGAAGAUGGAGUAAAAGAUAUAGCCCAAGCAGUUAAUUCUCCUGAGAAGGAAAAUGACACAUCUUAUUUAAUAAGAUACAGUCCGUCUACCACGCCAAAUUUGGAAAGUGUGAAGAUGCACCAUGAGGCAAAUGAUUCCAGUGCUAAAGACCUGAAAAUUGUAACCCCUUUGCGAUAUUCUCAACGCAUUCGGGAGAAGAUGUGCAAGCUGUCGGAUACUGUUAAAGAUCAAGAUCCUUGUGUCUCUUCAUUUGAACAGCUGGGAGAAUUGGAAUCAAAAGCCACUGCAUUUAUCCACAAACAGAACAAUGCUCUCAAAGAAACAAGUGCUGAAGUACAAGAGUAA